AUGCGUAUCUUCGUGAUUUUAUGCAAUAUUUUUCCUCUACUGCAAUCACACUCUCACCAACCCCACGCCCGUUUUGGCAAUCCUCGCGCCUAUCAGACACAAGGUGCCCGCUAUCAUGGAACUGCCCAUGAACAUCUGCAUGUACAGAUAUCUGCCGUUCUCGACCUGGAUCAGGGCCCCUGCGAUCGGGUUCCCUGUCAGGGCGGCGAUACUGAGGAUGCUCAGCACCAUUCCCAUGCGCACGCCGGUCUUUUUCAGGUCUGCGGUGAGAGAGCUCAGCGUGCUGGGGAAGAGUCCCUGGACUCCGGCCGAGAAGGUGCCGUAUAUCACGGAGAAGGCGUACAGUCCCCCGACACUGACGACUCCGGCCCAACCAUAGGCGAGAAUCGCACUCGCCAGGCUGAACAAGAUAAGUAUAUUCAGAGGACCUGUCCGCCAGUCUGCGAUGAAACUGGGGAUCCAACGACCCGUGGUGCCAACAGCGACGGAGCGGGCGAAGCUGCCGAUGUAGAAGAAACCGACGUAGAGGCCCCAGAAGACGAGGAACAUCCCGAUGGCGAAGAGCGAAUAGGGCGCUUCCUUGAACGCUGCGAACUCGACAAGAGGGCCAGUCUUCCGCGGUGGCAGUCGUUGCUGAAGAAACAAAAAACAGGGGAGCAGAGUCGCCAAGGUGAUGAAACCGAGGGUCCGCAUCGUCCAGGCAUAUCCUACCCGGGGCAGAAGGCUCAUGACAACGGCCGGGAACACCAUGCCUCCUGUUGCCGAACCGGACGCUGCCAGCCCCAUGGCGAGGGCGCGUCGUUUGGAGAAGUAGGUUGGCAGCAGCGACAAGGUGGGACAAAACAUCAGACCGCAUCCGAUGCCUUGGACGAUGCCCUGUGCGAGGAAGAACUGCCAGUACUUCUUGCAGAGGGAGGUCAUGAAGAUGCCAAAGAUCUCGAUGAUGGCGCCCACCGACCAGGUGAACUUGAAGAAGCCAGCGUCGGUGGCCCGACCGGAGAAGGUGCCGAUGAAGAACAGCAGGAAGAUCUGGAUGCUACCGACCCAGGAGAUGUCGGAGGGGGAAUGGCCCAAAGUCUCGGUGUAGUACGUCUGGAAGACGCCGAAGCUGUUGAUAUAGCCCCAGGUGUUGCAGAUGACCAGAUGGGCCAGUGCCACUUGCGUCCAAGCCUUGAAACCGCCGUCGGGGGGUGGUCCGGGGUUUCGUCCAGACUCUCUCGUGCGGACAAGCGAGAUGGUCCUGGCCAGGACCGUGUUGGCCUGGCUGGCGGUGGUGGGAUGUCGAUUCAGGGCGCUAUCGCCACUACCGUUGUCGUUGUCGCCAUUGUUGUUGCUGUUGCUGCUGGCUCCGAUCCUCGACUCCUCAUCCUUGGGGUGGAGAGACGAGGAAUCUUCCUCCCGCUGCUGGAUUUGAUCUUCAGCCAUGCUGGCCGGACUGGCCUUUUCGCUUUCGUUUUCGUGUUCCAUGUUUGGCGACUGAAGAUGUCAAAUUAUGUAUGCUUCAAACCUUAUGGUUGA